UGUGACGUAUUUGGACAUGGGCGUGGCUUGCGACGUCACACUUGGAUGUGAGGCUAUUUAGGACGAAUAGUGCAGCAUCAGUCAGACUCAGGCCUUGUUGACGUUCAGUUUAAUACUUUCUUCGCUUUUAGUCACGAUGCCGACUAUUAAACUGCAGAGCUCUGAUGGAGAGAUGUUUGAGGUGGAUGUUGAAAUCGCCAAGCAGUCUGUGACCAUAAAGACCAUGCUGGAAGAUCUGGGGAUGGAUGAUGAAGGCGAUGAUGAUCCGGUUCCUCUGCCCAAUGUGAACGCUGCCAUCCUGAAGAAGGUGAUUCAGUGGUGCACCCACCAUAAAGACGACCCUCCUCCUCCUGAAGACGAUGAGAAUAAAGAGAAGAGGACGGAUGACAUCCCCGUGUGGGACCAGGAGUUCCUCAAAGUAGACCAGGGCACCCUCUUCGAACUCAUUCUGGCUGCAAAUUACUUGGACAUCAAAGGCUUGCUAGAUGUUACUUGCAAGACGGUUGCAAACAUGAUCAAAGGCAAAACCCCAGAAGAGAUCAGAAAGACUUUCAAUAUCAAAAAUGAUUUCACAGAGGAAGAGGAAGCCCAGGUACGUAAGGAGAACCAGUGGUGUGAAGAGAAGUGAAGAUCCUGACACACUUUAACACUAUGGAUUGUUCAAAAAAAAAAAAAAAAAGUAAUAAAAAAAAAAAAAAAAAAAAAAUUGCACUGCGCUGUUGAUAUUUGUUGAGAUUUAACACAAAUAAACCUAGUCAAGUUCCUUGCGUUUGCUAGCAUGACCUUCCUUCUUGCUUGUGUGGUGUAAACCCUUUUUUAAUGUCGUUCCUCUUCAGAUGAACGGAGUAGAGAAAACACUUUCUUACCACACUUAUUUUAUUUUAACGGAGCUCGUCACCAAAUGCCAGAUUGUGUUUUCUGUUUUUGAGAAACUAAGGUGUAGCUUGAGGAGUAUUAUCUAAGCAGCCGUGUUUGUGCUGAUGAAUGAUCCGUGUUGGGAAUCUGAAGGCUGAGAUGUUUGAGCGCGGUCUUGUGAACUGGAAGUGCUGCUGUCUGCGUUGACUUCAUGUGCUCUGCCUCGGUGUCUGGGAUUGACAGUCUUUCACGCUUCUGCUCCUUAAUUGUUGGCCAUUAGGAUUAGGAAUCUUUUGAUUCCAAAAACGUUCAAAUAAAUAAAACCAGAUUAUUGUG